CGAGCCGGGUAGGAGACCCGGCGAAGACAGGGUGUGAAACUGACCAGGGGCACCUGACUGGACUAAGUGGGGCCACCUGACGGGGUUGGCCGAGGGCCGGUCGGCUACGCUGCAGGCGGCCGCGGGGGAAACAGGUGAAUCUGACCCCCCACCUCCCCUGCACCCCCAAUAUACACGCAUUCGCCCCAACGGGUCGGCUGCAGCCAUGGACCCAGGCCCCUGCGGCCGCCGUUCCCCCUGUGCCCAGCGCCUGCCCUUCUGUGCCUUGGCGCUGGCCCUGGCAGCUGUUGGCUGUCGCGUAGCCUCCGCCUUCAACCUGGACACCCGAUUCCUGGUGGUGAAGGAGGCCUCGAACCCCGGGAGCCUCUUCGGCUACUCGGUCGCCCUCCACCGGCAGACUGAGCGGCAACAGCGCUACCUGCUUCUUGCCGGUGCCCCCCGGGACCUCGCUAUCCCUGAUGGCUAUACCAACCGGACAGGUGCUGUAUAUUUGUGCCCCCUCAGCUCCCAGACAAAUGACUGUGAACGGAUGGAUAUAGAGGAAAAAAGUGAUCCCAGGCAGCACAUUAUUGAGGACAUGUGGCUUGGGGUGACAGUAGCCAGCCAGGGACCUGCAGGCAGAGUGUUGGUCUGUGCGCAUCGCUACACCAAGGUGCUAUGGUCAGGGUCAGAGGACCAGCGGCGGAUGGUGGGCAAGUGUUACGUUCGGGGAAAUGAUCUACAACUCGACCCCAGAGACGACUGGCAGACCUACCACAAUGAGAUGUGUAACAGCAACACAGACUACCUGGCCACUGGCAUGUGCCAGAUGGGCACCAGCGGGGGCUUCACCCACAACACUGUGUACUUCGGGGCACCUGGUGCCUACAACUGGAGAGGAACCAGCUACAUGAUCCAGCGGAAAGAUUGGGAUUUUUCAGAGCACAGUUAUACUGAAAAAGAGGACCGAGGGCAUCUGUAUAUUGGGUACACAGUACAAGUAGGGAAUGGCAUCUUACAUCCUGAGAGUCUUACGAUUGUGGCUGGUGCUCCCCGCUACCAACACGCAGGCGCUGUCUUCCUCAUGAACCUGGAGGCAGGUGGGGAAAUGGAGCUGAAGCAGGUGUUGGAGGGGAAGCAGGUGGGCGCCUACUUCGGUGGUGCCAUUGCCCUAGCAGACCUUAACAAUGACGGGUGGCAGGAUCUCCUGGUGGGUGCCCCCUAUUACUUUGAGCGGAAGGAGGAGAUAGGCGGUGCAGUCUACAUUUUUAUGAAUCAGGGGGGCAUCUUCCCCCUCCACCCCUCUCGACGCCUCCAUGGCCCAAGUGGCUCAACUUUUGGCUUCUCCGUGGCCAGCAUUGGAGACAUCAACCAGGAUGGCUUCCAGGACAUUGCGGUGGGUGCUCCGUUCGAAGGUUUGGGAAAAGUCUACAUCUACCACAGCAGCUCCUCAGGCAUCAGGGACCAACCUCAGCAGGUGAUUCAUGGGGAUAAACUUGGUACCCCUGGCCUGGCCACCUUUGGCUACUCGCUGAGUGGGCGGCUCGACGUGGAUGAGAAUUCGUACCCCGACCUGCUGGUGGGGAGCCUGGCUGACCGCAUCGUGCUGUUGCGAGCCCGACCAGUUAUCAACAUCCUCAACAAAACUCUGGCUGUGAGACCUACCAUGCUGGAUCCUACCCAUUGUACGCCUACAUCCUGCAUUCAGGUUGAGGUGUGCUUCGCCUAUAACCAAAGUGCAGGGAACCCAAGCUACAGACGAAACAUCACCCUGGCAUAUACCCUGGAGGCAGAUCGAGAUCGGCGCCCACCCCGAGUCCGGUUUGCUAGGAGCCUUUCUUCUACCUACCAUGGAUUAUUUUCCAUGCCCGACACCCACUGCCAGACCCUUGAUCUGCUUCUGGUGGACAAUAUUCGGGACAAACUGCGCCCUAUCUCGAUCUUCAUGAACUACUCCUUACCAGAGAAGCUUCCUAAGCGCCCACGCCUGGGACUCCAUUCCCUGGAUGCCUUUCCUAUCCUUAAUGAGGCCCAGCCCAGAGAGAACCAAACAGAGAUUCAGUUCCAGAAGGAGUGUGGUACUGAUAACAAAUGUGACAGUAACUUACAGCUUCAGGCUGCCUUCUUGUCUGAACAGCUACAGCCCAUGAACAGACUCCAGUAUAGUAGGGAUGUCCGAAAGCUGUUCCUGAACAUCAAUGUAACCAACACGCCCAGCAGGGACCGAGCUGGAGAGGAUGCUCAUGAGGCUUUGCUCACUUUAGUUUUGUCUCCAGCCCUACUCCUCUCUUCUGUCCGCCCUGCUGGGACCUGCCAGGCCACCAACGAGACCAUCCUGUGUGAGCUGGGAAAUCCCUUUAAGAAGAACCAGAAGAUGGAGCUGUUUAUUGCCUUUGAGGUCAUUGGUAUCACCCUACAGACUCGGGACAUUGAGGCUCAGCUGCAGCUUUCCACGUCCAGUCACCAGGAUGACCUAAAACCUGUGACCUUGAUGCUACAGGUGGAUUAUACACUCCAGGCGUCACUUACCAUGGUGAAUCACCGUCUACAGAGCUACUUUGGGGGAACAGUGAUGGGAGAGGCAGGCAUGCAUAAUGUCACUGAUGUGGGUAGCCCAAUCACCUUGGAAUUCCAGGUAGGCCCAGUGGAUGAAGGAUUGGCAGCUUUAGGAACUCUGUUCCUGGGUCUGGAAUGGCCCUAUGAAGUCACUAAUGGCAAGUGGCUUCUGUACCCCACUGAGAUCAUCAUCCAGGGAAAUGGAACCUGGCAUUGCCAGCCUCCUGGGGACCUUAUCAACCCCCUCAACCUUACCGUAAGCAAAUCCUUCCCCUCGCCCCCCCCACCUACCUUUCCUGGGGAUGAAUCUCCUUCCCAGAGACGACGGCGAAGGGAGCUAGAUUCUGGAGAGUCACAUGCUCCUCCUCCCAUCACCCUGGCCACUGCCAAGAAGGCAAAGUCAGAGACUCUAUUGACAUGUACCAAUGGUCAAGCUCGCUGUGUAUGGCUGGAGUGCCCCAUUCCUGAUGUCUCGAUGCCUUCUACUAUGACGGUGCAUGCCCGAGUAUGGAAUAGCACCUUCAUCGAGGAUUACAGUGAUUUUGACAGGGUCAGGGUGGAUGGCAAGGCCACGCUCUUCCUCCGAACCGACAUUCCAACCAUCAAUAUGGAGAACAAGACGACAUGGUUUUCUGUGGACAUCGACUCCGAGCUGACAGAGGAGCUUCCGGCUGAAAUCGAGUUGUGGCUGAUCCUGGUGUCUGUGGGAGCUGGGCUCUUACUGCUGGGGCUUAUCAUCCUCUUACUAUGGAAGUGUGGCUUCUUCAAACGAGCUAGCACUCGGGCCCUGUAUGAAGCCAAAGGGCAAAAGGCGGAGAUGAAGAGCCAGCCUUCUGAGACGGAGAGGCUGACCGAUGACUACUGAGGGGAGACCCAUCCCUCCCCACACACACACCCCGGUGUGACUUCUUCAAACGGACCCAUUAUUACCGGAUCAUGCCAAAGUACCAUGCUGUUCGGAUACGAGAGGAGGAGAGGUACCCACCCC